AUGAUCCCAACGCGUUUUCAUACACUUCACAUCUACCCUUUCACCCUAUCCCCGUCAGGCUACUAUUUCUCCCGUGGCUGCUACUACUUCUACUGGACCCCUCGGGGUGCUCUGCCUAACCUACCGACCUAUCAGAUCGCCGUGCUCGGAGCCGCUGCAAUGGCGUGUGUUGACAGCUUCCUCUGCCUCAUGCGAAGACUCGGCUUCCUUAAAUAG